AUGCCCAUCAUCGGCUCCGCGUGGUUCAGUAUCGGGUCGUUCUUGUUGUUCAACUCGGUCGUAAACUACUUGCCAGACGCUUAUCCGAAUGUUGCAGCUUCAGUCCUUGCGGGCAAUGAUUUUUUCAGAAGCGUCUUUGGUGCGGGGUCCCCGUUGUUCGCAAACGGAAUGUAUACCAAAUUGGGGGUUGCACGGGCGAGUUCGCUUCGGGGUUUUUGUCGCUUCUGUUCAUCCCUAUCCCUUUCAUACUAUACAAGGUAA